AUGCCCCAAAAUAAACCGUUCCAACGACUUCCGAAAAAUGUCAUACCUAAACAUUACAAAUUACAAUUGGUUCCAAAUCUCGAGAAAUUUACUUUUAACGGAAAAACAGAGGUGAAAGUAUCGAUUGUGAAUUCUACCAAAGAAAUAGUACUCAAUUCUUUAGAUUUGGAUUUGACCAGCGUGACAUUACAAUAUGACGAUUCAGGAUGUGAUUCGGCGCUCACUCCUUUGGGAGUGCGGUUAUCUGCACCGGAUGAGACAGCAAUUAUACUUUUCGAAAAACCUCUACGCGAGGGCGAUGCAACGCUUUAUUGUGAAUUUACUGGUGAGAUCAACGAUAAAAUGAAGGGUCUGUACCGAAGCAAAUACUUAACGCCAGGUGGCGAAGAACGCUAUGCUGCCGUUACUCAGUUUGAGGCUACAGAUGCACGCCGAUGUUUUCCGUGCUGGGAUGAACCUGCCAUUAAAGCAACUUUUGAUAUAUCGUUAGAAGUGCCAGCUGAUCGAGUUGCUCUUUCAAACAUGCCUGUGAAAGAGGAAAAGGCAAUUGGGGAAAAAAAUUAA